AUGACUAUUCAGACGGAUCUCACUUCACGUAUACGUGACGCACAGCAAGAAGCUCUUAAGAAAGCAAACCUUAAGGCAGAAUAUCUCCAAGGAAUGGAGAAGAAGUUAGUGCCAAAUGAGGAAGGAACCUUAUACUUCAUGGGACGCAUUUGGGUUCCGCUUUAUGGCGGUAUUAGAGAAGUUAUUUUUGACGAAGCUCAUAAGUCGAGGUACUCGAUCCACCCAGGAUCGGACAAGAUGUACCAAGAUCUGAAAUAUUUUUACUGGUGGCCAAAACUCAAGAGCGACGUUGCUAUCUAUGUUGGGAAAUGCCUAACCUGUGCUAAGGUUAAGGCCGAAUAUCAGAUACCUUCAGGUUUUUUGCAACAACCUGAAAUACCCAUGUGGAAGUGA